UCUAAGUGAGUCUGUGACCGCAAACAGCUCUUGAGUAUCUGCUUUCCACUAUUUCUUGGGGACUCGGAAUCUACUUUGAAAUACGACUUGUUAAAAAAUCUUCUUUAUGAAUGGCUUCCAAACAACAAAAAAAAGAACAAAAGUCUGGGACUAAAAAUAGGUCCACACCAUAUUCGGAGUAUGAAGACCCAAGUCAGUUGAAACGCAAAGCAAGUAAUUCUAAACCAGACGAUCAGAACAGACAGGCCCAGUAUGUACCAGAAAAAAGAAAUGAUUACGAAGACAGAGAUUUCAGUACACAUAACAUUGCACAGCUUACUUUGUACGAAGACUUUUCUCCUGAUGGAAGAACUACAAGCUCAGAAGAAAAAAGAAAUGAUUAUGAAGACAGAGAUUUCAGUACAAUUAACAUUGCGCAGCUUACUUUGUACGAAGAGUUCUCUCCUGAUAAAAGAACCACAAGCUCGGAAGAAAAAAGAAGCGAAGACAGAGAUUGCAGUACAAUCAACAUUGCGCAGCUUACUUCGUACGAAGACUUUUCUCCUGAUAGAAGGACCACAAGCUCAGAAGAUUUUCGUGAAAUCGUUAUUAAAAUAUUAUUCGAGCGGAUGACAAUGAUAGAAAAGACAGUGGAAACUCUGAAAAAUCGUCAGGAUGGAUUAGAAAGAGUAAACUCAGAAGCAAACACCUCCAAGCCCAAGAAAGAAAAGUCAAAAGUAAAAGAUACAUCAAUACCAGGCGCUAUAAAACCAAUCAAAAGGCAAAAACGUACUUUGCAAUCGUUACUGGAUGAGCUCUGGAUGGCAGGAAGAAAAUCAAAAGCAAAUUUUUGUUUGAGCAAGAUCGAGAAAUUGAUGACGUCAUCAAAUAGACACAAAGCAGCCUAGGUAACAAAAAUGGCCAAAAAAUACAUUGAUAACCCAUCCUAUAUCAAAGCUGCUAUUCUGCUUUCUUGGGCGGCUGAGCUGCAUGUUACGGACUCCGACCC